AUGCGGCUAUACAUAAUUAUAUUAUUACUGUCAAUUUAUGAAAGUAACGUAAUAUCAAGUCCCCUUCAACCGUACACAAAUUAUUCGUAUUCAACUGAACUUCAAUCAAAUGUCGCUGAUCUUUGGUGGACAAUAAAUGAAGAUGAACAAGAAAUAACUUUUGAACUACAUAUAAAAACAACAGGAUGGGUUGCUUUGGGUAUAAGCCCAGCUGGUGGAAUGAAUGGUGCCGAUAUUGGACUUGGAUGGGUUGAUCAACAAGGUCAGGUUCAUUUUCAAGAUCGAUAUGCGAUGGGUACUUGGCAACCAAUCAUCGAUAAUACAACAACAGAUUGGUUUGCACUUCGAGGUCGUGAAGAAAAUGGUUGGACAGCUAUUCAAUUCAAACGUUCUCUUGAUACUUGUGAUGAAAUGGAUGUUGCAAUUAAAUCUGGUACAAAUAAUCUCAUAUUUGCGUAUGGCCUUGUUGAUCCUGAUAUGUCUCAAUCAGGUGGUUUAAUUUAUUAUCAUGAAAAUCGAAGAGGUUCACGCAUAAUUCCUCUCCGAUCUUAUAGUAAUCCACCACCAGACAGUAAAUUUUCACAUCUUGACUACGUCGAAUUCAAAUUGAGUGAUCAAAUUGUACCAGCACUUGAAAGUAGUUAUCAUUGUAAAAUUUUCAAAGUUCCAACUGAUUUGUUACAAAGAAGACAUGCAAUUGCUCACAGGACAAUAAUUGAACCAAAUAAUCGAGAUCUUGUUCAUCAUUUCGGACUGUUAGAAUGUGAUCCCACAGCUGUAUUCGACGACAAUAAUUUACCAAAUGGUAUAUGUGAUGACAUUAUUCAGAGUAUAUUUCCAUGUUUUACGAAUGUAGCGAGUAUAUGGGCCGUUGGUGGUGAUGAAAUGAUGGAAUAUCCAGAAAUUGGUGGAUAUCCAAUCGGUGGCGAUUUCGAAAUAAAAUAUUAUAUGCUUCAAAUGCAUUAUGAUAAUCCUAAGCUUACGCCAAAUCGCCGUGAUAGUUCGGGUGUUCGUUUCUAUCUUGGAAAUGAGCUUCGUCAGCAUGAACUUAGUUAUCUUUCAAUCGGUGCAGAAGUCAGCUAUUCGGCUAUUGCAAUUCCACCGGGAAUAGAUCGAUUUUUACUUGAUUGUUAUUGUUCAUCUGAAGCUACACAAGGCGAUGAACUGGCGACUCGAUGUGUUUAUAGUACAACAGACAAAAGUAUCAUAACUUUGGGUGGUGAAAGAACAAAGGAUGAAAUGUGUCUACAUUAUUUUCUCUAUUAUCCUCGUAUGAAAACCUUCCCUAGUUGUCUGUCAUCGAAUUCUCCAGAAGCAUGGACAAAAAUAAUGAAUAUUUCCAAGUCAACAUUUGACAAUGAAAAACUUGGAAUAUGGUUGAAAGAAUUAAAAUGGACACCAGAAUUAUUAGUUCAAUGGCAAAAAUUUUUUAAUGAAGCUUCGCGUACUAUUGAGGCAGGUUAUUUGCAAAUGGUAAAUCUAACUAAAAUACCUGAUUAUGAAGAUUUAAAGAUAUCAGAAUGCAAAACAUCCAUUUCGAACCUGGUCACAAAUCAAAAUGUUUUUCUUAUGAUAAUUAUAUUGAACUUUAUUUUAUAUUUUCAAAUCUAAAAAUAAUAUUUUUCAAUAAAUAUAUUUUAUAGAACGGACAGUUGUAUUUUUAUUGGUUUCUAUAUAGAAUACAAAUCAUUUCCAUAGGUUUUAAACUUGCCAAGCCAAAGAUGCAAUUCAAAUACUUCUUCUCGAUAUGUAAAUUAUCGUUUAUUGAUUUUGAGUCUUCCAAUAAUUUCUUUAUACCAAUUACAUUUACAUGAUGGUAAAUACAUUCUUUCUGACUAUAAGAAAGAAAUACUCUACAAAUGUUUGAGUUUACUGACAUAUCCCAUGUUAACCGAACAUCUAGAUGAAAUAGUAAGAUGUUUAAUAUUUUGUGGGAGCAUUGAACAAAUAUUUUCUAAACCAAGCAUCUCCUAAUCAGAGAAAAGAACAUGAAUAUUUAGAUCAGAAGCAUUGAUUAUAUGUUCGAACAAUUUCUUUAUGAGAUACAUUAAAUUUGGAAUAAAAUCCAAUUUGAAAUCGGCAUCGAGCCUAGAGGGUGAGAUAAAUCACCACAAUACUAAUGUUAGUAUUUCAAAUUUAUUUUGGUAAAAUUAUUAUCAAGUGGCUUUAGUAUUUGAAUCAACGCUAUUGAAAUCAUCAAAAUUCAUAUACUAAUGAUUAACUAGAAAUAGUCGAUCAGCACUGAAUAAAUGAGAGAUAAAUAAAUAUAAGAAUCUGUAUAAAAGGUAAAGUCGCGUUUCGCCAAUAGACAUUCGCCAUACUGGCGACUGGCGAAUGUCCACACGACAUUCGCCAGUACCCCUACGACAUUCGCCAAUUAUGGUGAAUGUCCACACGACAUUCGCCAAUUAUGGCGAAUGUCU